AUGGUGACGGCUACUGUGCGGCGCCGUGCUGUGUGUGCCCUGACGCUCCUCCGUCUGCGGGGCACCGUCGGUGCGUCGCCAGCGAGUACGUUGGUGGAGGUUCGUGGUUCGGUAAUGACAAAGAGUUGGGUUGACGUGUUUGUGGCUAGAGGAAACGGACAAAUUAUGCAAAACGGCUUGAACCUUUUGACAUUCCCGAGGCGACUGCGGGCGACGGUGGUGACAGCAUCUGCCUCCUUGUCGAAUCGACGUACUUGGGCAGCCGUUGUGGAUCGCGCUGCGGGAGGGCCGGUGCCACGGGGGCAUGCUGCGUUCACGGCGCCUUUUGCGAUGCAGGGCAGUGCGCUGCGGCGAAAGUGGCAGGGUGUUUGA